GCUGCCCCUAAAUUCAUUUCCCGUCUCCAAGUCUAGCCCUAGCCUCUUUCUCAACCCAACACUGUCCGCUAGCCUCUUCUCCAGCCGCCGCCAACGAACACUGAUAUGCCGAUGACGAUAUCAUGUCUGCGCCUCCCCUUCCUUUUGGUAGUCAUGCCUUCUAGUUCGUUCGCUUCAAUUCAACCUUCGAUUAAGGUAUAUGUUUCAUUUCCAUGUGCAAGAGUCUUUCUUCAAUUCUUUCCAUUUCGAAUCUAAACAUAGAAAAACAAAAAUGUUUGCUAUGGUUUUUUAGAUUCAGAACCCCAUGAUUUCAAUUUCAAGCACUGCAUAUACCAAUUGGACUCAUUCCAAAAUUGACGAAGACUCACAAUAUUUCACAAUUGGGUAUUUUAUUUUGUUUCUCUAUGCCUUCAAUUUUUUGACUUCCACUUUUAAAAAUACUUUUGUUACUUUUAAAUUUUAAAUAAAUGAAAGAAUGAGCCACUUUUACUUUGGAUGUUCCUUUUUUUACUUCGUAGGUUAAUAUGGGCAUUUGGACUAAACAUUCAAUAAGUGUUAAGAUGAAAUUGAAAUGUUUGAGGUGAUUUGGGACUCUUGAAGAUAGUAUAACCGAUUAAUAGGCCAAACACUUAAUUUCUCAACCUUUAUUAGUUUGUUUUCUUUUCUUGAUAAGUUUCCUAUAUUCAAUUUUGGAAUUUUAGGAGGGGACUAAAACUACCUUGAUUAACAAACUGCGAAAGUUCCUUCUCAGGUUUUUCAAUUUCAAUUUUUCUAUCCCAGAUAUGGUAUUGCAGUUGAAGCCACGAGGUUUAAGGUUUUGGGAUCGACCCCUUUUUCAUUAUAUGAAAAGAACUUUGUAUAUGGGGUUGCCUCACUACGGAAAUGGGCCUGCUGUGGAGUACACGUUCUGCUUGGUGUGGGGAGUCCUGUGCAAUCAUCUACGACGAAAGGUUAUUCCGUACAGAGCUACUGGACGAUGCUAGGCAGUGAUGGAAGACCUGUAAUUAUUUCUGGUAGUCUAGGCUUGAAACUGUCUCUUGUGCACGUAACCAUUAUUAUGGUUAAGCAUUUGACAUUGAUGUAUUCAUUUGAUUUGAGUAAUAAUAAUUUACAUGUUACCCG